GAUGUUGAUUGAAGACGGUUGACACGAUCUACAUAUAAAGAUGCGGUGAAUGGGUUUCAUCAGCUUCCUUUCUUGGAACCUUUGGCAAUAACAUCGAUCACAUGAAAAAGGCACAAGAUAUGGGUCGUUCUGAACCAUGCAUCUUGUUUGCUCAAUCAUUCGUUCAUUCUCAACUCGAUGAAUAUGUUGAUGAGGUCAUUUUUGCAGAACCUGUUGUCAUUACUGCUUGUGAGUUUGUUGAGCAGAAUGCAUCCCCUUCUGCACCAAAUGUAUCUCUUAUUGGGGCCACUUCACCCCCUUCCUUUGCACUAGAGAUUUUUGUUCAUUGUGAAGGUGAAUCGAGAUUUAGGCGCCUUUGCCAGCCUUUUCUUUAUUCACACUCUUCAUCCAAUGUUUUGGAAGUUGAGGCCAUAGUUACAAAUCAUUUGGUUGUCAGGGGAAGUUACCGAAGUCUUACUCUUAUUGUUUAUGGAAAUACUGCUGAAGAUCUUGGACAAUUUAAUAUUGGAUUUGAUAUGGACAAUUCACUUGCAAAUGUUGUUUGUUCCCCAUCAGAAGGAAAACUUGAAGAUCUUCCACCAGCAUUGCAUUCAAACAAGUUGUUGUUUGUAGAGCCCACUGCGUCCUUAAAAUUCAUGAGUUUACCUUUUACUAAAUUCAAAGUUUCUCCUCAUUUGAAGCAGUUUUUGCUGUUAGCUGUCAAGCUUAGUGAAGUUCCUGAUGUGGAAAAUCAGCUUUCUGAGAUUGUAGGUAAUGUUGUAUCAGCUGUCCUGUCCUGUGUUAGGAACAUGAGUAGCACCAGCACCUUUUACUGGGACCAAAAUAUGGAAUUAGGAAUCACUGACUACAAGAGAGAUUCAGAGAAAUUAAAUGAUGCUGUUCCUCAGGCUAGUAAAGAACUUCUUGAGCUUGGUAGAUUCAAGGGUGUAUUUACAGACAAUUGGUCACCAGAUGAUAUAGCUGGUUCGGAGACAGCUGAAGCACUUAUCUCUGAUUUGCUAAUUGGCAUGUUUAACAAAUUUGACACCUUUAAGAGCACUUUAAAUGCUGAGUUGCAAUUAGUCUCUCAGAACAAACAAAUGAUUCUACUAUUGGGAUUGGCUCUUCUCUUUUGCUGUUGGAGAAAGGGAUGCUUUCAUUUUGUAAAUAGCGGUGGCAUGGAAACAAUUGUUCAUUUAUUAGACUGCAAGAUGCAAAAUUCUCCGGCCGUCGUAUUAAUGUUGCUAGGUGUUGUUGAAUGUGCUACUCGGCAUGGCAUAGGAUGCGAAGGAUUUUUAGGCUGGUGGCCGCGUGGAAAUGAGAGUUACCCAGAUGGUAACAGCAAUGGUUAUUCAAUUUUGCUAAGGCUAUUGUUGGGGAAGCAACGGCAUGAUGUUGCUUCUCUUGCAUCAUAUAUAUUGCACCGUUUGCGGGUCUAUGAAGUUGCAGCCAGAUAUGAGUCUGUAGUAUUGUCUCUAUUGGAUAAUCCAUCUCGUGAUCAUGUGAUGGUGGCUGAGGGGAUUGAAUUACUUGUCGCUGCCAGUUCUCAUCUUAAGCAAAUCGCGAAAUUGAUAAACCUAUAUGAGCCUAUUGAAGAUCCAUCACCUGCCACCUUUGCACAAAAAUUAUCUAUUUUGGGGCUACCAGAAGGCUUCUUGUCGUACAAAGCUACUAUUGACGGCAUAACAACUUCUAAAUAUACUUUUGCAAGAUGGGAUGUUGACUUGUGCUUGCUAUCACUUCUUGAGGAAAGGGGUUUCUUCCCACUCUCAGCAGCCCUCUUAUCAUCUCCUGUUUUGCGCUCAUCAAAUGACAAGCAAGCAGAUGUUUUUAUGGAGAUUACAACUUCAGUUGAAUAUGCUCUUCUUAAUUUUCUCUUUCAUCGUUCAGGUCUUUGCUUCUUACUUGCUCAUCGUGAAGCAACUGAACUUUUGGUUCUUUCUCUUCAAGAUGUUGAAGAGACAACAAAAAAAGAGUGCAUGACUCUUAGACAGGCAGCAGUUUUUCUAUCAAAGGGAUUCAUUUGUCAUCCACAGGAAGUUGCCAUGAUCACUGAGCUUCAUCUCAAAGUGGGAAUUGCUAUUGAUCUGUUGCUUGCAACAGAUCCACAUUCUGAUGAACUUCUGUGGAUUCUAUGGGAGCUUUGUGCCAUUUCCAGGUCUGACUCUGGUCGGCAAGCGUUGUUAGUUCUGUGUCACUUUCCUGAGGUGGUAUCAGUUUUGUUGGACACACUGCGAUCAUACACAGAAUUAGAGCCAACUGUUAAAAGAAAUGAAACUUCCCCUUUGAGUCUAGCCAUCUUCCAUUCAGCUGCAGAAAUAUUUGAAAUCAUCGUGACAGACUCUUCUGCAUCAUCCCUCAGUUCUUGGAUUGGACAUGCUGUGGAACUUCAUAAGGCUUUACACUUUUCUUCUCAUGGGACCAACAGAAAAGAUGCACCCACAAGGUUGCUAGAGUGGAUAGAUGCUGGUGUUGUUUAUCAUAAAAAUGGGGCUAUUGGCCUUCUACGAUAUGCUGCUGUUUUGGCUUCUGGUGGAGAUGCUCAUCUUAGUUCGUCUAGUAUACUAGUAUCUGACACAAUUGAUGUCGAAAAUGUUAUUGGUGACUUGACAAACAACUCAGAUGCUCAGAUUGUUGAUAAUCUUCUUGGGAAACUUGUCUCGGAUAAGUACUUUGAUGGAGUUACCCUGUGUAAUAGUUCUAUAGUUCAACUGACAACAACUUUUCGAAUACUGGCAUUUAUAUCAGAUGAUCCAGUUGUAGCAGCUUCUCUUUUUGAAGAAGGAGCAGUGACUCUUGUAUAUGUGGUGCUAGUCAAUUGCAAAUCAAUGGUUGAACGAUUGUCAAAUAGUUAUGAUUAUCUUGUCGAUGAUGGCGCAGAAUACAAUACAACCACUGAUAUACUCCUGGAUAGAAGUCAUGAUCAGAGUCUCAUUGAUCUGAUGAUUCCUUCGCUUCUCUUGCUGAUAAAUCUUCUUAAGAAAUUACAAGACGCUAAAGACCAAUAUCGCAACAAAAAAUUAAUGAAUGCCCUUUUGCAGUUACACCGAGAAGUAAGUCUGAAAUUAGCAGCAUGUGCCGCAGAUUUGUCAUUCCCCUAUCCAAGCUCCACUGUUGGUUUUAGUGCUGUUUGUCAUCUGCUUACAUCGUCACUUGCAUGCUGGCCAGUCUUUGGUUGGACACCUGGCCUUUUUCACUGCAUUCUCGAGAGUGUUCAGGCAACUUCAUCACUUGCUUUGGGUCCAAAAGAUGCUUGCAGUAUCUUUUGCCUUCUGGGUGAUCUAUUUCCAGAUGAAGACAUCUGGUUGUGGAAAAAUGAAAUGCCUCCGCUAAGCGCACUUCGAACCUUGAGUAUUGGGACAUUAUUAGGCCCUCAAGCAGAAAAAGACAUCAACUGGCAUUUGCAUCCGGAACACACAUCAGUUUUACUCAUUCGGUUGACACCCCAACUUGACAGAGUUGGCCAAAUUGUGUUGCAUUUUGCAUUUUCUGCUCUACUUGUUAUACAAGAUAUGCUCCGGGUUUUCAUUAUUCGCAUUGCUUGCCAAAAAGAAGAAUGUGCAGUUGUCCUGCUGCGCCCAAUAUUUUCUUGGCUGGAUUCUCAUAUUGAUGAAACCUCCUCAUCAGAAAUGGAUACUUUUAAGGUGUAUCAGUUACUGCAUUUCAUUUCUAGUUUGUUGGAACAUCCCCACGCCAAGUUGUUAUUACUUAAGAUGCAGGCAUUAAGAAUAAUGGGAAAAGUUCUUCUAAGAUGCUGUAAUAUAUUUAAAACGGAGGGAAAGCUAUCUCUUGAUAGUAGAGUUCCCUCUAAAAACAUUUCUAUGCUUACUUGGAGCUUUCCUGUAUUAAAGUCUCUGUCAUUGGUGUUCACUUCACAAUCCCCUGUAAAACAAAGUCCAUCACUAGAGAGGGAAGUAGAUAGCAUCAUCAAUGAAGAAAGUUUCUUUAUUGUACAUCAAAUCCUUGUACUAUUACAGGUUUUACCUGUAGGAAGGGAGUUGCUAUCAUGUCUUCUCACUUUUAUGGCAAUAGUUUCAUGCUGUCAGGGAAGAAGUGCUCUUGCGUCUGUAGUUUUUGAUAAACAAAAACGUGAUGAGGGGACUAGUGAUGGAAAUAUGUAUGUUGCGAACGAUUGGAGAUCUUCUCCUUUCCUUUCUUGCUUGAUAAAACUUGCCCAGUCAUUAGAUGCCAAGGAGGGUUCUGAGGCUGUUGUGGUUGAUAUACUUUGUUCAUUGUCUCUGUCUGCAUUACAUCUAACCGCACAAGAUGACAAGUUGGACGGAAUCUCGAUUUUAAAAUGCCUUUUUGGGCUUUCAUCUGAUGUCAAUCAUACUGAAGAUGAGAAGUUGAAAAAUGUGUGUGAUACAAUUGAAAAUUUGGAGCAGAAAAUUAUUGAUGAUGAGGAUAUAGCUCUAUUGGUAGGAAAGGCAACACUCUGUCAGGUCAAGGAUUCCUUAAAGUCGAUGUUAUCGUUAUUGCAAGGCCCUUCCAGUUCUUUUGGCUCUGUUUCAGAAAUGUCAAGGUCUGAUGAAUUACCAUUGUCAAACAUUUGGAUGUUGAACCAAGAUGUUAAAGAAAUUAGUAAUGAAUUUUCUACCGGAGAAUUUGCAGAGAAAUUCAUGUGGGACUGUGUUGAUUCUUCUCUUGAUAGACAGUUGACACCGGCCCUCUCUUCUAGAAGAAAAUUGGCUUUGGCAGAUGGACCAAACAAACGUGCACGUGAGAGCCUUGGGCCUGAAGCGGUUGGAUCUAGUGCAUUGUCUCGAGGAAUGAGUAUUGCUAGUGCUUCUUCAGCACCUACGCGGCGAGACACAUUUCGCCAUAGGAAGCCUAACACCAGUAGACCGCCUUCCAUGCAUGUUGAUGAUUAUGUUGCUAGGGAGAGAAACAUUGACGGUGCAAGUAAUGGACCAAAUGCAGGAAGUUCUGUUCGUGGGAUUUCCAUUAGUGGAAGACCUCCGUCGAUACAUGUGGAUGAAUUUAUGGCAAGACAAAAGGAGCGCCAAAACCCUAUGAACACAGCAGUCGGUGAUAGCUCACAGUUCAAGCACUUGAUGCAUGCCAAUUCCAGCUAUUCUGGUAAGCCAGAUAAACCACAGCCAAUGAAGACAGAUCUAGACGAUGAUCUUCAAGGGAUCAAUAUUGUGUUUGAUGAGGAAUCAGAAUCUGACGAACAAUUACCAUUCCCUCAACCAGACGAAAGUUUGUGUCCCCCUGUUGUCAUUGGAGAAAGUUCGCCAAGUUUGGUUGCUGCAGAUAUUGAAGGUGAUGCAGACGAGACAACUCGGCUUUCUGUAGAACCACCUUCAUCAAGUAGAGAUGGAAGCUUACGUGCUGGUAAUCCUUUAGGGAAAUUAGCUUCAAUGUCUGAAGUUCCAGCGUCUCAAGAAGUGCAUGCUUCUUCAGAGAACUUUACUGGCAUGGCUGGUGAAAAUUCUUCUUGUGAGCAAUCUGAGGAAUCAAAAUAUGUGUCUCCUAAUGAUGGGUCAAGAAUUUCUAUUCACCAUCUGUCAAAGACUAUGGGAUUUUCACACCACACACAGAAUCUAUCCCCUGCUGCACCUUUGUCAUCCUCAACACUUCAUCAUAGUAACAGCCCACAGAGAGGUACUGACGGUUCCAUAUCUUCUGUAUCACAUGACAAAUCAAGACUUCUAAUGAACCAGCCUCCUUUGCCCCCAAUGCCCCCUCCUGCUGCUGCAUCAACUCACAUUUUAGAGCCUGCUGGAAGCCACACAUUGCCUUUCUCAAACAGUGGAAGGGAUAUGCAACCUCCAAUCCCUUCAGGAUACCCUCCACGAUUUUUUGAUCCUCAAUCAGAUAAUGCACCAUCAACUAGCAGUAGUUCAUUUGCAAAUGCUCAGCCUGGUGUUGAUUCCAAGUUACAUUGGAAUAUGACCUCUAGCAGUAGAUUUCGUUCUGACAGCUUUACUUCUACUACCUCAGUACAAUCAGUGCCGCCUCUCCCUCCUGUGCCACCACCAUUCUCUGCUUCAGUUAAUCAUUCAUCUAAAAUAUUUUCUGGUUCCCAGGCUCAAGUUAGCAAUCCAAUAACCAAUUCCGGAGCCCAGACUCAUAUAGCUUCCAAUAACCUGAAUAGCACAAAUUAUGGAGCUUUGUCCGUAUCUGGAAAUAGCUUCACAUCUUAUUCGUUACCUAUGUUUUCACCUCCUUUAUUUAUAAACCGGCCUGCUUCUGUAUCUGGGACAUUUUUCAGUUCAUCGUCUAUGCAGAAUAUCCAAAACACAUCAAGCCUUUCACAACAUUUUACUGGCUCUCAGUUUGCUUUGCAGUCUGUACUACCCCGGCCACCACCACCUCAACCACAAAUGCCACGCCCUGCUCAACAACUUGCACUGCCCAAUCAACUAUUGCAAACCCAAUCUGAUCAAGCCAUACAGCUUCAGCAAAAUCCUGUUCAAGUUCAGGUUAAUCAAUUGCAGGUUCCCCAGCAAAUUCAGGUUCCACGAGUACAACUUUAUUAUCAAACACAACAGCAGGAAUCUCUCUUGCAACCCACGCAGUCAAUGCUUGAGCAAGUUCAACAACCGGCUCAAAAUCUCCAAGCUGAUAAUUCCCAGUUUCAACAAAAAGAUUCAGGGAUGACUUUGCAGCAAUAUUUUUCUUCUCCCGAAGCCAUCCAGUCCUUGCUGAGUGACCGGGACAAGCUUUGCCAGCUUUUGGAGCAGCAUCCAAAGUUAAUGCAAAUGCUUCAGGAACGACUAGGCCAACAGUAGACCUUAGAAAAGGAACCGAGAAUGCGUGUUUCUUCUAUAAGCCAAAUGAAGUUAGAAUCCUAGCAAUGCAUUUUGUGCGAUUUUCGGCAGAAGCAGACAGAAGGCUUCCUCCAUGUCACCCUGCAAAAACAAUAAAUAUCUAUUUUUUUUUUACGUGUUCAAACAUUUUUGUACAUUAUUCGUGCAGUUGUAAUAUUUGUGUUCCAUCCUGUUGGGAAUUUUCCCAUCUGGGUGACUUGUAUUACUCGAAUUUCUCCCAUGGAAUUUUUAGGGAGCAUAGGUUAAAAGACAAUGGUGGGCGCAUGUUUACAAACGAGACAAAAUCCCACAUGUGAAUUCUCAACGAUUCUGGUUUAUCUCACAAUCUUUUGUUUGUAUUUUUUUUA